AUGUAUAAACGAAAUGGUGGCAGUCGAAGAGUGUCUACAUCUCAAAAUCAAUUGUCAGAAACACCUGCAUCAGUGAAAUAUUCUUCAUCAAACUCCAGGUAUACACUUCACAGGCAAUAUAGCACUGGCUUUCCCUCUUCAUCUUACGGACUGUCUCCUAAAUCUAAAGCCGAUGUUCGAAAUACAUACAAUACGGCUAAUACUAAUAAUGUUGGAAGGGAAAGUUCUUCUAAUGAAGAUGAUCAGAACAUCAGAUGGAAAUCUACUAAGAACUCAGGGGAGCAAACACGUAGAUUCCAUGGGGCAAGGUAUACGCUACAAACUAAUAAAGAGAUAUCAAGUAUAGAUAAGAUUAACGAUCCUCGGAGUAGAUCAUUGGUCAUAGCAGGGAAAAGUCACCUAGGACUAUAUUCAUUUGAUGAGGAAUCACAUACCAUUGUUAAUACACAUGAUUUUGUUCAAUCGACCAAAAACAACACAGGGCUAACGAAAACAUCAUCAUCACCUAGCCUUAGAAGGUCUAAUAAUAAGAUAUCGACUAUUUCUGAUGUAAAAGCUGGCUUUCACAAUCAUAAAAACUACAUAGCUAUUUGUGGUACAUCAACAACCGUUUCUAUCUAUGAUAUUAAUAAAACCGCAUCCAUCGAUAACCCACUAAUAACAACUCUAUCAGAACAUACAAGAUCAAUUAAUAGUGUAGACUUCAAUAUGGUGCAAACUAACCUGAUAAUUAGUGGAGGCCAAGAUGGGUGUAUCAAAGUCUGGGAUUUAAGAUCCCCGAAAAUGUAUACUAAUCGAAGUGAUGUGAGUAUUAACACUGGCUCAGACUCCAUAAGAGAUGUCAAAUGGAUGCCUUCUUAUGAUUUUGCGAAUGAUAGUAAUGGAAUAUCAAACAAAUAUCUCAAGUUUGCUUCAGUUCAUGAUUCAGGAUUGUUACUAAAGUUUGAUUUACGACAACCUGCGCAGGCCGAAAGAAAAAUUAACGCACAUUCAGGCCCUGGAUUAUGUUUAAAUUGGCAUCCACAUCAAGACUAUAUUAUAAGCGGUGGAAGAGAUGGAAAAUGUUGCUUAUGGUAUCUUGGUGACAAAUCCAAUGUAGCUGGCAAUAAUAGCAACACCACCAUAAAUCUUACCAAUACUCCACAUACUUUUUCAACGACAUAUCCUAUAGGCUUGGGAACAACAUCUUUAGCUUUUCCUGAGCUCACUAUCAAUACUGCCCGUCCUAUGAACAAAUUAAAAUUCUGUCCGAAGUAUGAUAGUAAUGUAUUCAACUCUUUGAUUGGUACUUCAUCAAUGGGCGAGGAUUCUGAUAUUUCCGUCUAUUCAUUGGCAAGAAAGUACAUCCCUAAAACUGUGGUAACAUCUGGAGCGCCAUCUGUUGGUUUUGUGUGGUGGGAUGAAAAUAUAGUGUUUAACAUCGAUAAGCAAAAUGUUGUGACAGGUUGGGAUACAUCUCAAACACCACAGUUGUUGGACAAUUUACCAAAAAAUGCUGUAAAAUGGAGAGAUUUAGAUGGUGAUGGUAUAUUGUUUUUAGAUCAGAAACCAGGUGGAUAUAGAUCUCAAGAAGAGUUGAUACUAACUCCAGGCAGUGGCGACAAUCGCCGAAUAUCACUCCCUCAUAGAAUGAGUAGCGCCACAACCAACAGUUUUAUGGCCAAUAACAAUCUACACAUGAUAAACAACAACAAUAGUAGUGCAGCAAGUUUUUCAAAAAAUGCUCCUUUCGGGCUGUCUCAUCCUCAUCCAAAUAGCUUAUAUGGUGAGAAACCAAGUUUACCAAAACAUACACCUUCCUUUAGCAGUAAAAUUUCUCCAUCAGUAAAUGGUUCUUCCUGGCCUAAUCCAUAUAACUCAUCUCAUCACAAUUCUAUUGCGUCAGGUUCAGAGUCUGCAUUACAGGUGGCGAACGAAUCUUUUGUACAAUCGCCGUAUUUGAUAGGAUUAGAUUUCCCACAUGUUUUGAAUACAAUUCGUAACACAAGGCUGGCGGAUAUGAACAGAAGAGUCGAAAGCCAGGAUGUAUUGGAGCUAAAAUCUUCACCUACCGAAGUAUUCAAGUUUUUAGCUCGUGAAUUGAAGUUCUCUUACAAACAAAGCUAUAUUGAUUUUAAAGACAAUACACGUGAACUUGAAACAAGUAGUACUAGAGGUUCGAUAGAAUCAAAGAACAAUUUAAUGGAGAAGUUAGGAUUAACGGAGAAUAAUACUUGGACACACUUGAUCAAGUACACGAAAUCCCAUGAAUCAGAUGAGGUAACUUCAAAAGGAACGGAAGCCAGGAGUCCACUCUCUGAAAAUGAUAAUAGCUUAGAGCGGUCAGAUACCAUCCAUAAUACUGAAAUAGAUAAACCUGACAACUUAGGAGACGAUAUUAAUAACAAUCAACUAGAUACAAAAGAUUUGGUUGAGCUUAUAACAGUUUGUGAUAAAAAUGCAGAAACCUAUUUGAUGAUUGAGGAUUUUGCUAAUUAUAAAGUUUGGUUGAUGAUGCGAGAUGCUUUGUUAUGGGAUUUGAAAAUCCUCACUGAAUCCAUGGCCACUGAAGAAAACACGAUGGGGUUAGGAAAAAAAGAUCUAUAUACUGAACAGCCUUGGGCAAAAAAUGACAGUUUUUCGAGCCUAAAGGACAUUAGAAAUAGUGCUGCGACAAGCGACUACACGUCUUAUAGUGCCACUGAUCUGAGCUCUUCGGUCAAUACCCACCCGAGGAAUUCUUUUAAUCAACCUACUCAUCUCACACAACCCCCUACUGUUUCAAAACUUAAAGAACAGCUGGAAUCAUCCAAAGAAACUUCAACAAUGUCAAGAGCAGAUUCAAUCCAAAAUUCUUUACAGGAGGACAUCAUGCGUAUCAGGCAAUUGCACAAGAACAAUUCUGAUAAAACAGACAUAGCAAUUGAAGAUUACGAGCGGAAUGAAAAUGAAGACGAAAAUAAUGAGAAUGAAGGGCAAUUCAUAAAAAUUCCGAACAGCGAGAACAGAAAAAGCUCUUUCGCAACUAGUCCUACCCAUGUCACUGGGUCCAUCGAUAACUCUGAAACAGGAGAUGAACACAUACAACCACGUCGCCCACGGACCUCUUUUAUAGAUUCGUUCAUCUCUCAGCUAAGAUCGCCUGCAUCUCCCAAAGUCGAAGGCGAUAAAGAAAGCGUCAGUAGUAAAAUCUCUCCUUUACCCAAUUUGAACACAUCUGCCGCUUCAUUUAUGAAUUCGAAGAAAAAUGUAAUUGGGCAACAUAAGCUUCAAACUGCACCAGAAGUGGCAAGCAUACCAGAAUCAAGUAUUGGCCAACAUCAUUUUAGAGGUGCUAGUGUCUCUACCACUAAAGCUGAGAAUCAAGUAUCUGGGAUUACUACUCUUAUAAACGAAACUAAGAAGGGCUAUAAUACAAUAACUCCACCAUGGUCAACAAGGAAAGUUAUCCAACAAAUUUAUGAGCAGAGUGUUUCUUCCGGAAACAUCCUAUUAACCAUGGCAAUCGUCCUCCUAUUCCAGGAUAGAUUUCAGCUAGUCAACGAGGAAACAGUGAAAAACGCCAUUACUGAAUUUACAACAUUACUCCAUAGGUAUGAGUUAUUUGAAAUUGCUGCAGAAUUGAUGAAGAACUGUCCUUAUAGUGAUAUCUCCAACAAUAGUGCCGGAUUAUCUUCCAUUCAGUUGUACUGUGACUCUUGUGGUAAAGCGUUAAUAAACGAAGUUUCCAAAGAGAAGUUCACCAAAGAAAAGCACGAUACGAACAUUGAUGCAAUGGCUCGAUAUGGGUACUGGUAUUGUGAUUCAUGUUCAAAGCGAAACACGCUAUGCUGUUAUUGUAAUAGACCAAUGAAGAGUUUAGCUAUAUGCAUGCUAAAUUGUGGGCACGAAGGUCAUUUCGGAUGCUUGAAGAAAUGGUAUCUUGAAGAAAACAUGGACACCUGCCCGUUGGGAUGUCUUGGGAUUCUUUUAUAA